UAUGCAUCGAGGUCAUCUUGCUGGCUCUGAUCACGGACUUAGUCCUAGUUAUGACGUUGCUUCCAUUUUGCUUUCGUCACGUCACGUGCAAGAGACCACUUUACUACGCUGUUAGGUUUUUCGUUUUCUUGGCCUGGUAUUCUCUUUCAUUUUUUUCUCAUCAGCUUUAGUGUGUCGCAUAAUAUGUGAACUUUACUACUUUCCAUGGUUUCUAGACACGGUCUUUCCUUCGGUUUUUUGCGGUCAUUUGUUUCAGUCUCUUUUGUGCUUUUAGAGUAAAAAUUGACUCUAGAAAUCUAAAAUUCAUAGCUUAUUUGCAUUUUGGACCUGAUUUUUCUUACGUCUCAUGAUCUGGAACACUCUUGAUUCAGCUUUUUUGUUGCUAAUUCACAAGAAUUGAUCAAGAUGCCUCUGUGUAUCUUUCACACCAAUAUGUCUGCAGAUCGAGUCAGCGAUGAAGUCCAUUCGAAGCUUUCAAAGAUCAUCUCCGAGAUGACAGGAUCCAACGAAACGUCGAUCACCGUCGAACUACGGACGGGCAAGAAAAUGUGCCGGGCGGCCAAUCCCGAUGUCGACUGGGGAUUCUUCGAGCUUCACGCCAUCGGUGUAUCUGAAGACCCCGACCUUAACCGUGAGCGCGCUGGCAAGAUCUUGACAUUCGCAGAAACCGAGAUCGGACUACCGCAAACAAGAAUCCUGGAUCCAUGCCUUCUCCUAACCACCAGUCACAAAACGAGCUGAUCCAUGCCUUCUCCUAACCACCAGUCUGAAAACGAGCUGAUGGCAUCUAGAACGUGUUCUCUUUCUGCUUUGAUGUCUUGCCAAUCACCCACGCAUCUUCCACGGUGCCGUCACCCGGGGCGUCGCCCGGGGCGUCAUCCUGUGUGUUACCAGGGGCGUCACCGGGGGCGUCAUCCUGGGUGUUAUCAGGG